AGAACAAUUUGAAGUGCUUCUCUGACUAGCAGCAGGUUUACUAUUCUUUCCUCAUUUCAUAUUAUACUUAAUAAAACAAAACAUAUCUGUAUACACACGCAUUCACUCACAUUGAAGAUGCAAGAUGAAGAAAGAUACAUGACAUUGAAUAUACAGUCAAAGAAAAGGAGUUCUGCCCAAGCAUCUCAACUUACAUUUAAAGAUUAUUCAGUGAUGUUGCACUGGUAUAAAAUCUUACUGGGAAUAUCUGGAACCAUGAAUGGUAUUCUGGCUUUGACUUUGAUUUCUCUGAUCCUGUUGGUUUCUCAGGGAAUAUUGCUAAAAUGCCAAAAAGGAAGUCCUUCAAAUAUCACCCAGUAUGAGGAUACUGGAGACCUAAAAGUGAACAAUGGCACAAGAAGAAAUAUAAGUAAUAAGGACCUUUGUAUUUUGAGAUCUACAGACCAGACAGUACUAUGCCCAUCAGAAUGGCUCAAAUACCAAGGAAAGUGUUAUUGGUUCUCUAAUGAGAUGAAAAGUUGGAGUGACAGUUAUGUGUAUUGUUUGGAAAGAAAAGCUCAUCUGCUAAUCAUACAGGACCAACUUGAAAUGGCUUUUAUACAGAAAAACCUAAGGCAAUCAAACUACGUAUGGAUUGGGCUUAACUUUACCUCCUUGAAAAUGACAUGGACUUGGGUGGAUGGUUCUCCAGUAGAUUCAGAGAUAUUCUUCAUAAAGGGACCAGCUAAGGAAAACAGCUGUGCUGCCAUUAAGGCAAGCAAAAUUUACUCUGAAACCUGCAGCAGCGUUUUCAAAUGGAUUUGCCAGCAUUAGAGUUCAACAAAAUUCAUAGUGAAAUAAUCAAUGAUCACUAUUUUUGGCCUAUUAGUUUCUAAUAUUAAUUUCCAGGUGUAACAUUUUAAAGUGCAGUUAAAUGCAAAAAUCUCUUCUCCCUUCUCCCUCCAUCAUCGACAUUAGUCUAACCUCAGAAUAACGUCUAUUAACAAAUUAAAAUGUACCCUUCAAAAUUUUUACUUGAUAGUAUAAGCCAAUAUGACCUCAUAUAAUUAUAUCCAGGAUAUCUAUUCAUUGUUUAUUUUAUGCCAAAUGUGAUCAAAUGAUGCCUGUUUUUCCUGUAUCUUGGCUUUUUAAAUUCCUAAUAAUGUCCCAAGCAAAAUUUCUUAUAUUUGUAAGGGUUGAAUUAUAAUGUGGACUUAUACAUUUCUUACCCUUUUAUCAAAGAGAAUUAAUUUUGUUUCCUGGCUUAUGCUACUCUGCACUCAUCUACAAUAAACAUCCUGAAUAUUUUCUUAAA